AUGCUAGCCAACCUCCUCGCCUGGCUCGGGGGCAUGGCGACGUUCGCGCAGGUCUUCCUCUUCCUGCCCAUGGCCCUCGACCUGCUCGGCCCGCCGUCGUUCCUCCUGCUCUCGCUGCUAUUCACGCUGCACCACUUUGGAUACUCGACGCUGCGGCUGCUGUGCAAGAACACGCUCGCCGCGCCGCUCAUAACGAUCCUCUCUGUGCUCAGCGCGUUCAUCAGCGGCGCCUGCGUUCUGACUACGCUGUACUACUACCUCUACCCGCCUUCCUCGGGUAGCACCGUUGGCCACGCGCUCGUCAACGUCCUACCAUACCUGUAUGCGUCGACGCUUCGCUGGGUAUCGCCCGUCUUCACCCUCAUCGAGGGCAUCUGCACGUUGCUCGUGAUCCAGGUCGUCGGCCGUGUCGGAAAGGGCUGGGCUGACGAUGACGAGAAGGAGGAAGGUUUCGAGUGGCGCGCCCUCGUCGGCCUCCUCGUCGCGAGUCUGGUCUACUGCGCGGGCCUGUACCUCGUUGUUUGGGCGUUCCCGUCGACGCCGUUCCCCGCCUUCCUUCUCGGUGCCGCGCUCGCUGCCGUUUUCUUCCUCUCCUUCAUUGGCUUCUCCCUCCGCCGCACCAACGUGCUCGAGACGUCCCUCGUUCUGUUCUAUGUUGCGUACUCUGCCUGGCUGAGCGCGGCUGAGCGCGCUAUGGAGCCCCAAUGUCUCGGCGCCAAACGUGAGCGCCCUGCUGCAACGCGGACUGCACUCGAUCUUCGACAGCCUGUGGAGCGUCAGCCUCUCGCUCCCACCGCAUCUGCUCCUUUCGCUGAUCUACCGCGUAACAUGCGCAUCACGACCAUCGUCCUCGGGUACCGCCGUGCGAUCCUGAUCGCUGUGUACACGCACCUGCUUCGAAGCCAGACGUGGUGGCGAUGGGUCAACAUUGCGCUGUUCCUUAGUGUCUGGAGUCUCGAGCUCUUACUCGACGCAGACGAGGACAGCGACACGACCGUCGGCCGCUGGAAGGUCGAGUAG